UACUUCCGGGUAGCAGUGAAUUUUUAUUUCGCCAUCAAAUUUCGAUUUCCUCAAAUUCGAAAUCAUCAACAUGGGUGAGGGACGCGGAGAAACAACCUUAUGCAGUGGUGCAGCUGUAGGAUGCAUGAAAACACUUCUAUUGGUCUUCAAUUUCAUUUUCUGGGUGACUGGUAUAGCCCUCCUCGCCCUAGGGAUAUGGAUGAAAGUUCAACUGUACAUCUAUAUGGAGCUGACCACCACCUACUAUGCCGAGGCCCCAUACGUUCUGAUCGGUAUCGGCGCCGCCAUUGUUGUGGUCGGUUCCCUCGGGUGCUGCUGCACGGUCAAGGGACACACUGUCUUGCUUUACAUGUUCUCCUUCUUCCUUGUCGUGAUCUUUAUUGCUGAGCUGGCCAUUGGUAUCUCGGGAUUCAUCUUUAAGGAUAAGGUUCAGACAGGUUUCCAGGCGGGAAUGAAGGACGGCCUUGCCAAGUACGGUGAUGUCAAAACAAAAACUGAAGCCUUAGAUAACAUGCAGAGGGUGCUUGGCUGUUGUGGUAUCAGUAACUACACUGACUGGUUCAACACCCCAUGGGAAAUGAAGCAAGUUGGCAAACAAUUUAUUGUCCCUGCCUCGUGCUGCAAAGAUGGUGCAUCUAGCUGUCAGAGAUCUGGACUGCCAAAACAUUACGGUAACAGCACUCUGGAAAUUUACAAAGAUGGAUGCUACAAGUUGGUCACAGGAUUCCUCGAAUCAAACUUUGGAAUAAUUGCCGGGACUGUUAUUGGAAUUGCAUUCCUUAUGUUGAUUGGUGCCGUGCUUGCGUGUUGUGUAGCCAAACGGAGUCGUGACGUUCCGUACGACAAGGUGCGAUAAGUCCAAACAAUCUUCAUUCCAGUUGCUUGGAGCCAUUCUGUCGUGUUGCCUUGCCAAGAACAUCAAUCGGUCAAAAUACGAGCAAGUUGCCUAAAGAUUGGAAGCGCUGUAGCAAAAUAGAUUAGAAAUCUCUUCUGUUUUAGUUUUAAAUUGUCUUCAUUUUUAUGUUUUUCACCUUUACCAAUGAUUGUGGAAGGGUGGUUCAAAAAGAAUUCGCUGAAUUUUAAAACUUUAGUCGAAAUUGUCGAGAUGGAGACUUGGAUCACAUUAAAGAGCAUAUGGCCUUGAACGACCUCCUCUCAGUCAUUUGCAUGGUGAAGAACACUGAAAUGAGAUAUACCAAAAUACGUGGUUGUGAAAAAACAAAUGAAAAAUUAUAUCACAUUUCUUUCAAUUCAAAGUAUCUUAUGUAGAACCUACAUGAUAUAUUGUUAGGCCUUCCUCUUUCAUUAUGAAUGCUGUAUACUGGAUAGCUGAAUUUUUUUAUUAUGGGACCAAAGUUGUUCAUAUUUCUGAAUCCAAUUUUUGACCCGUCACAGCAAAACUAGGUGCUUGACACACAGAAGAUGAGCCUAAAUGACACUAGGAGAUAACGGAAGAAAUUGAUGUGCUCAUAUUUCACAAAAGGCAGACAACAGAGAAAUGAACAAACAGUCCGUCUCAACCUGCCAAUUAGCUCAGAGCGACAUGCGCCUGCUUUUGCUGUGACAGGUCACAUUAAGGCAAAUUGAAGGAAAUUUUUGGAAAUUGGUUACACAGUCGAACUUCUAUAUUAAGUCAUUGGGUGAUUUGCUUCCUUUGUAAAGUGCAAUUUUAAAUUGGGACCCUGCUGUUUUACUAUUUCACGACAACACUAAACAGACCGCUCUUUCGGUCGAGAGUGGUAUGACACGCACUAGAAUGUUCUGAAAUACUCAACCGUUGACAUCAUGACGCAGUGUGAGUGUACUACGACGAAGAAAUACAUGACGUCAUCGACACGAGUAAAGCUGGGGUGAACCAUGGAACACUGUGAUACACCCUGUUGCGAAGUGGUUUAAAGAAUUUCCUAUGAACAUCUAUUUUCCUGAAAUGAACCUACAUCGUAGAUGUGAAUCAGUCUGUAACACAAUUAUGUAUUAUUGGUGUCUUGACAGCAGGGUUCCGUACAUUAUUUAGUCGAAAUGGUGCCAGAGAUUGGAAUUGUAUAUUUACAAUCACGAAAUAGUCUAUUUUGGUAGAAAUGAUUUGUUUGUUGGGAUUGAUUUUGGUGUGGCCUCUAAGUCUUAGGCAUGUUAGACAUUCAGAGGGUGAUUUGAUUGUUAUUUAGUAAAAUUGACUGGUUAUUAAGUUGUUUGAUUGAGAUUGACACUUUGAUGGUGGCCAAUGUGAUUUAAAUGUGGUGGGACUGGGGCUAGUUUAAUUGGUGAAAUUAUUUUUGUAGAAAAUCAUGACAUAAAGUGUUUGUUUUCCUCCUUAUCUGAAUAGAAUUUGCGUACAUAAAUGCUUGACUUCCGAGUCUACUCGCAUUGGUCGAGUGGCCCCUUGUUGUAGUAGCCAGGCCCACUGGAUACUAUAAUUGGCUACUGCAUGAAUUCAAACACAGCAGAACCUGGACAACCGACAAGUGCUGUCCUUAAUAGAGAGGUGUCCUGAUUAGAGAGGACAAUUUGAAUGAAAACAACCAAUUUGGGACCGAAUCUAGUGUCCUUAAUUGAGAGGUUGUCCUUAAUAGAGAGGUGCCGCUAAGGGAGGUUCCACUAUAUCAGGAAGAUUAUGGGAUGAGCCCUCAAUAAUGUGAAAUUGUUAAAGAUUUCUUUUCUUCUCUAUUUAAUUUACUGACUAGCAUAAUCCUUUCAACCAUUUGAAACAUCGAAUGCGCUGAACAAAUGUAAAGUACUGUUUAUUUCUUAGUACAAACAAAUUCCAUUAUUGUACGAGAGCAUAAUUCUUUAGCAAGCCUUCACAGAAUCAAACUCCGAAGAUAGGAAAGCUAUGUGAGAAAAAAACGCCAAUAAAGUUAAGAUUUCGGAAACUGACUUUAUCAUAAUGUUUCUUUGUAACAAUUUAUUAUGCAUGUUCCUCCUAUUUCUGUUGUGACAUGUAUUUUGCAUAGUAUUAAAUUAAUGGUUAAAUCAUUAUCAUACUAUUGUGUAUUUCUGCAAUUUUAAGCCCUUUUUGAGGGUGAUUCUCUCAACUCAAAACGGUUCUCACUGGUUGAUUUCUGAGAAAAGACGAAUGAAGAAAAUGCAAGGUCAGUGUGGACAAAAUGAUGUUUACGAAUGUUUCCUAUGCACACUGCAGACAGGCAAUUAUAAUCGCAGAGACCUGCGAUAGUUGUUGAUGCAGUUAGCGUUAAUAGGAAGGUUGCUUGUUUGCAAGCAAAUAGUCAUAUUUAGGAUGAUACUUUUCAGACGUCACAGGGAUACUAAUUCUUGAAAUAGGAACAUGUACCUGCGAUGUCCUCACCUCGUUUUGUAGGAUGCGAUAAAAAUUGUUUGUCUGCAGUGCAUAUUAUUUCCGUUGAUGUAAUAAAUUCUAUGAUCAUGAUGAUGAUUGAAUUUUUGCUGAUGUAAUUCGACUUUUGUCUAGGUUGGCUUGAAGUAAAAAAAAGAGAUGAUGACUCAUAAAUAAGUUAACAAAAGUAAUCGAAAGCUUUCAGAAAAUCUGAUCAAUGAUGGAAUUACUGAGAUGACUAUCCCUGAAAGAUAUCAGUGCGCAAAAUUCUGGAUAUUUCAAGAGGGUCAAAUUUGGUUCUGGCAGUUGAAUCUAUAUAUAUCUGCAUAUCACUGCAUAAUUUGCCCCAGGUCAUAAGGUGGGAGACACUACUUAAAAUAAUUAUUUUCAUUGAAAUUUUACUAAUAAAGUCCAAUGAUAAACAUAAGAGUCCAACGGAAAAAAAGAGAUUUUUUCGAGUGGUGUUGGAAACAUUCAUUAAUUGACAAUACCCUUACAUUUAUUUCACCCAAGAGAAUCACUUCUCCAGCUGACCAACCCUGCUCAAUAAGUGUAAGAAUCGAAUCUGAACUUGCAUAUUCAAGGAGGGCCUUCCAACUGUUCUAAAAGGUGCCUUGAAAAAUGUGUGCAUCACAAGAAAAAUAGUCAAAAAGCGCACUCACUGUCAAUUUACUAUGAUAACUUGUGUACAGUCGAUAUUACAUCACACGGUUAUUUCAUCGACGACUCUCAGCAUCACAGUUUUCCGACAUUAUUUUAGAAAUUGUCCUUUUCCCAGGGCAGGCCAGCUUGACAAGUUGGAAAGCCUGCUUGAUUCUUGGCAAGCUGGGGUGUUGAUUCUCCAGGUUGUAUCCAUUACUUGUCUGAAUUAUCUAGCGUGUUGUGAAUGUGUUCAUAUCUAUCAGGGUUUUCACCAGAAAAAUAUUUUGGGUAUGGACUAAAAGUGACGGGCAAAGCCUGUUGCCUGAAACCAGAGACCAUGGGGUUGUGACCGGCUUUGAGUCUGGAUGGCUUUAUGUGACUCACUGACUCCGACUCUUUUAUCGCAGCUGCAUUCAUUCUGUAGUCUUGUAACAUAACUGAUUUUUUUUGGGUACGUAAUUUUACCCAUUUUUCCCUCUGGCGGAAACCCUGACUAUAUCCUAUUGUAGUAUAGAUGUGUAUAUCUGUGUAGAUUAUAUGUACGAAGUGAUAAACAACAUGAAUCAAAAUUAAAAAUCUUAUAUUUUUCUUGGCAUAAGUGGCAUUUCUUAUUAACAUGAAUGAGGUAUUUUUUCCUUACUUAGUGCAAAAUAUUUGUUUGUACAUACAUUGUAUUGUAGGAAAAUUUCCCACCUAAAACACCUAAUUCCUCAGGAUAAAGCAAUCAGUUAAGCCAGCUCUUAACCCUUUCGCUACAGGUGACAUGCAUAGCAUAUCCAGAACAUGGCCCUGCAAUAUGUGGGUGACGAUAUGGCAAGGGGUUGAGCACCAAAUAAUAAAUCUCAAGGUAUAAACCCACCCAUGCACUGUACUGUACACCCAGGAUGCCCUGCAUCACCAGGGACUGCAUUACCAAUAUUUACUAGUGUUGAAGUAUUAAGGUAACCUUGAUCUUGAUCCCACUGACUAGUGUGUUGACAUUAUUGUGUUUACCUGGGCAGCCAUGUGGUAUUAUUUAGAUAACAUCUCCAAUUACUUCUCAAUCAAUCAAUCCUGUAAGAUGUUGUUAGUCUACCCAAAUAAUCAUAGUUAGUCAAGAUCAUUUACCCAUACAGUGCCUGUUAUUUUUGCAUAAAUCUUUAUAAUUGUUUGUUCAAUCCAUAUAGUGGAAGGAUGAGUGCAAUUUAAUGCUGACACUAUGUGGGGUAAGAUGGUACAAUUAUUGCCAUGGUACAAACUCAUACAGUGCAGAACAGCUCCCUGUACAGUUAUGCACACAGAUGCUUUCUGACUUACAAUUGCAGUGAUUUGUACCACUUUACCUUACCUGUUUGGAUACAGCAAGCCUCUGCAUAGAGGUGUACCGCUGUGCAGCAGCUUGCUAGCCUGUAAUUAUGAAGAAUUUCCCUUUACAUUGAUGUGAUAUUAUACUUCUAAUGCGGUGUUACAUGUUGUCUAAAAAAUGGGUCUGAAAAGUGUUUAAUGACGAUUAGUUAACUAUUGCCCAUUUGGUGCCUCUUUAAACUGCGAUAUCAGUGUUGUAUGAGUGUUUGAUGUUAAACUUGUGGGUCAAGAAUUGAUUUCGUGAGGUGAACGUCAUCAUCAUGGUAUGACAGCAAGGGCCUGUCCUUUUACUGUAGGGUCGAAUUAUCAAAGUGAUGCGUUACCAAAGAAUCAUUUCUUGAGUCCCUUUCUUCAAGCUGUCCUUCCCAGGUGCUUUUAGUGCUGGUGCUGUCCUGACCUAGUCCUCAGGUUUACUUCUUGUAGUGCAGUGGGGACCAGGAUGCUCACUCUUGUCAGUAGUACAUGUACAUGGCAAAUUUCUGUAGCGUAAAGAUAUGUCGUAAUCUCAAAAGUAUGUCACUUUUGACACUGUAGGAUUGAAAUAUCCAGUCACAUUGUCUAGCCAAGACCCAAGAUGACUGAGUUACAAGCCAUGAAUCAGUUGUGGGGAAUUUGAAUCAUUGUCACAUGACAGAGAAACUGAGCCUCAUGAUCAUCUCAGAUGUCCAAAUUCACUGACACUGGAAUGACUGGACAACUUCUGGAAAUGUUCAAUCCUACUAUUUCGAAACUUUCUAAUUCCCUGGGUCACACUAAUAGCUUACUCGAGUCGUAAUUCCCUCAUAAGUGUGAAUUUAUUAUAUCAGUUCUUGUUUCUUGAAGGCAUUGGAAUCUGUUCUUCCUUGCAAGAUCAUGGCACAGUGCACAACUAAAUGACAGAUGCACCAGCUCAGGAAUGCCCUGAAUGGGUGUCACGCCUUUUGCUUCUGUUGAGUGCAGUGAUUACAGAAAUAAUGAGGGGUACUACAAUAAUGGUAUGCCGAUAAAAGAAGCUGGGUAGUCUUAAUUGCUGAGGCUGUGAUGUUGCACUGUGCUAGGCUUGAUCCUGCUUUGAGGUUGUCAUAACAUUGAGUGUUGCGAAAAGAAAGAAAGAAUUCCCUGAAAGAAAUAAUUCCUUGUUUAUCUACGUAGGAAAGUACAUGUUUUAUCUAAUGAAGAAAUUGGUUAGGAACAUUUUGGGACACCUCUUCUUUCAGUUACAACCCUUGGCAAGAAGUGUGCAUCAAAUAGAAGAAUUGAUUUCAUUGGAUCAUCUCUGCCAUUUCCAUGUAUCGGUAUGCAAAUUUGCUAGAGCAUUCUCUUAAUUGUAUGUUGCAUGCUGAUGUAACCUGUGAUCUUUCACUGCCCUUGUGCAAUAAAUAUAAUCAAAG